CACGUGACACCGGGGGCGCACGUGACACCGGGCGGGAGGCCGCGCUUUACGGCGCCGCGCGACAGUUCCCGGUGCCGUCCCCCCUCAGGCCGCCAUGGCGUCGGGCAGCGGGACCAAGAACCUGGACUUCCGCAGGAAGUGGGACAAGGAUGAAUAUGAGAAACUGGCGGAGAAGCGGCUCACGGAGGAGAGAGAAAAGAAAGAUGGCAAACCAGCUCAGCCCGUCAAAAGGGAACUUCUGCGGCACCGAGACUACAAAGUGGACCUGGAAUCCAAGCUGGGGAAAACCAUUGUCAUCACCAAAACUACCCCUCAGUCAGAGAUGGGGGGGUACUACUGUAAUGUGUGUGACUGUGUGGUGAAAGAUUCCAUUAACUUCUUGGAUCACAUCAAUGGCAAAAAACACCAGAGAAAUCUGGGCAUGUCCAUGCGGGUGGAACGUUCCACGCUGGACCAGGUGAAGAAACGCUUUGAGGUGAACAAGAAGAAGAUGGAGGAGAAGCAGAAGGACUAUGACUUCGAGGAGAGGAUGAAGGAACUCCGUGAGGAGGAGGAGAAGGCCAAAGCCUACAAGAAGGAGAAGCAGAGAGAGAAGAAGAGGCGGGCGGAGGAGGAUUUGACCUUUGAGGAGGAUGAUGAAAUGGCAGCUGUGAUGGGCUUCUCUGGUUUCGGCUCAACCAAAAAGAAUCACUGAGCAGCUCUGGACUCUCCUCUUUCUCUAAGCAGUUUGUUUUUACCCAGGGAACUCUGGAUAACUCUUCAAAGACUUGAUGGAGGACUUGUAUGUAAAUCUCUCAGUAGAAGUUGGCUGGAGGAGUCGAAAAGUGAUUCCAUGCUCUACCUGUGCUGCAGAACAAGCUCCGCCUCUCAUUAGCUUCCCAUCUCCUUCUGUGUCCUAGAUCUGGCUGCUCAGCUGCUCUGUGGCCGUGUGCGUGCCGGGAACUGCUCUGCUGGGUGCAUUUUUGUGUCAAUAAAGUGCAGCCAUUCUGCACAGGUGGCCUGGUUCAGGAUUAAUCUAGUUGUCAGCCAGGCCCUAGUUGUCACCCAGGCUGUGUUUGAGGCGCAGGGAGGGAUCCAGGUUGUUUUAGGAUCGUAACGGGAGGAAAUGUGCCACAGCAAGCGGUGUGAGCGGUACAACCUGCAUCUUCAUGGCUUGUGCUGAGCAGGGCUGGUGGCUGCAUGGAGUCUGGGUUGCUGAAACUUUCCUGUGUGUUUUACCUGCAAGGGAGACUUCCCUGCUUUUUCUUUGUGUUUUAUCCCAUAAUUUCGUUCUCUUUAAGGCGGGGGAGAAAUUCCUCCCCAAGGCUGGUCUAGGAUAGAGCCAAUGAAAGAAAGGUGUGUUCGAUUUGCCAGAAAUAAAUUGACUCUUUUAA